UCUCUCCAAGCAGCGCAGGUGCAUCGCGGUCUCCCUUCGGGGAUCAGGACUUGGUAGCCUCUCCAAUUAUGGCACUUUUGGCCUUGAAACAGGAAGUGCCGGAAGAAGGAGGAGUUCCUUCAGCCCCGUCGGAGGCUUCCUUGGAGCACAGAUCCGAGAUGGACAAGAAAGGCUCAGCUGGCCCCAAAGCACGAAGAGGGUCUGCCACCACCACAAAUGGGAGCAGUGGGGAAUUCUGGGAAAGAACGGUGCAGAGAAUCCUGGGAGAAGAGAUGCCCUGCCCAGAUGGACAGAGCCAGCAUUUCCGGCAAUUCUGCUACCAGGAGGCUGAGGGUCCACGGGAGGCUUGCAGCCGACUCCACGAUCUCUGCCGUCAGUGGCUGAAACCAGAGAGGAACACGAAAACCCAGAUGCUGGACCUGGUGAUCCUGGAGCAGUUCCUGGCUAUCCUGCCCUCGGAGAUAGGAAAGUGGGUGAGGGAAUGUGGAGUAGAGACCAGUUCCCAGGCGGUGGCCCUGGCGGAGGGCUUCCUGUUGAGCCAGGCAGAGGCCGUAAAACAGGAAAAGGAGCAGGUGCAGGGCCUAUUUGCAGAAUUGAGCAGUGAUUUCCCUGAGGCAGAAAAGGCUCCAUCCAGCACCAAAGAGAGUCCAGGGCAAAGGAGGAUCAUGCAGGAAGCUGGUGAAGGUGGCAUCCCACCAGGUGAAGGAAUGAUGCCGGCAGUAGGUCCCCCAUCUUCUCUUUCUGGUGACGAAGAGGGAACGGAUGCAGCAGGACCAAAUGAUGGUCCGGUGGCCUUUGAGGAAGUGGCUGUGUCUUUCACGGAGGAGGAGUGGGCGCUGCUGGAUCCGGACCAGAGAGCUCUGCAUCGGGAAGUCAUGGAGGAGCUCUGUGGGAUCGUGGCCUCUCUGGGAGGUGAUAAAUGGGAAGCCGAGACUGCAGAAACCCCACGUGAGGAGCCACCAGAAAUCGACAGAUGUAAACAGAUGGACCAGGAGAGAAUAAAAAUAGGAGCAAUGCACCAGAUGAGGAAUAAAUCCUUUGCUUUUCAUGGCCAUGAGUACAGUGAAACCACAGCACAGGAAAACGUAGGUGAACGAAUGGAAAUAAAUCUGUACUCUGUAUGUCGGACAAGCUUUGAUUCUCAAUCAAGCCUUAAAAGCCAUUGUAAAACUCGCACAGACGACAACGCAUUAAAAUGCUUGGAGUGUGGAAAGAGCUUCACUAGAACCACGCACCUCACUGAUCAUCAAAGAAUUCACACAGGAGAGAAACCAUAUGAAUGUGCAGACUGUGGAAAGCGCUUCAGUUGGCACUCAAACCUUACUUCUCAUCAAAGAAUUCACACAGGGGAGAAACCAUAUAGCUGUGCAGAGUGUGGAAAGAGCUUCAGUCAGCGGUCAAGUCUCACUUAUCAUCAAAGAAUUCACACAGGGGAGAAACCAUAUAGAUGUUCAGACUGUGGAAAGCACUUCAGUCAGAACGUACAACUCACUCGUCAUCAAAGAAUUCACACAAGGGAAAAAUAUGAAUGUGCAGACUGUGGAAAGCACUUCAGACAUAACAUACAACUCAUUUGGCAUCAAAGUAUUCACACAGGAGAAAAACAAUAUGAAUGUGCAGUCUGUAGAAAGGGCUUCAGUCAGAGCUCAAACCUCACUUCUCAUCAAAGAAAACACACAAGGGAGACACGAUAUAGCUGUGCAGAGUGUGGAAAGCGCUUCAGUCGGAGCUCAAACCUCACUUCUCAUCAAAGAAUUCACACUGGGGAGAAACCAUAUAGCUGUGCUGAGUGCGGGAAGUGCUUCCGUCAAAACAUACAACUCACUUGGCAUCAAAGUAUUCACACUGGAGAGAAACGAUAUGAAUGUGCAGUCUGUGGAAAGGGCUUCAAUACAAGCACAAACCUCACUCGUCAUCAAAUUAUUCACACUGGGGAGAAACCACAUGAAUGUGCACAGUGUGGAAAGAGCUUUAGUUUGAGAACAAAUCUCACUUCUCAUCAAAGAAUUCACACAGGGGAAAAACCAUAUAGCUGUGCCGAGUGUGGAAACAGCUUCAGUAGAAACAGCCAUCUAAUUUCUCAUCAAAGAAUUCACACAGGGGAAAAACAAUACGAAUGUGCAGUCUGUGGAAAGCGCUUCAGGCACAACACAAGCCUCACUUGUCAUCAAAGAAUUCACACAGAGGAAACCAUAUGAAUGUGCAGACUGUGGAAAGUGUUCAGUCAGCGCUCAAGCAUCGCUUGUCAUAAAAGAAUUCACACAAGGGAGCAACCUUUUUGAUGUGCAGACUGUGGAAGGUGUUUCAGUAGAAACAGCCAACUAACUUCUCAUCAAAGAAGUCACACUGGGGAGAAACCAUGCGGAAAAAGCUUUAGUAUGAGCACAACCCUGAGUAGGCUUUGCUUCCUUUAAUUCUCUUUUGAAGCUCUGCUCUCUGUCCUUAGCUCCUUCUCUGUCUGCCACUGACUUUGCUCUCUUCUUCAACUCUAAAAUUCAAACACUUCGCAUGGAACAUUCUAAUUCUGCCCCCUCUUCUAUCUCGGCUCCCCUUCGUUAGUUCCUUCUGCUACCUUUUCUGAGUUCUCUCCAGCUUCAGCGGAUGAACUUUCAAGAAUAUUGUCCUCUUCAAAUUCCUUCCACUUGCUCCCUUCACCCCAUCCCUUCCCGUGUUUUUAUUAAUCUUACCCCUGUUAUUCUUCCUUCUUUGCUCCACGUUAUCAACACUUCUUUGUCUUUUGGUUCAUUUACUUCUGUUUAUAAGCAUGCCACAGUUUCUCCUAUUCUUAAAAAAACAUCUCUUGACAUGCUUUCACUUUCUAACUACCUCCCUGUCUCUUUGUUGCCUUUUGUCUCGAAGGUUUUGGAGCGGGUGGUUGUGGCGUUACACCCCACAAGUCAAUU